AUGAAAGUCUGGAACCAUCUGACAAGAGAUUCUGGGCUCCCUCAUCAGGGUCAGGGGGAAGGGCCUUUUCUGGGGCCUGAUGCUGUCUCUGAUGGAGGGUGCCUGGCUGCCCCAUGGAGCCCCCAUUCCCUGGGCCUGGGCUCCCUGGGCUCGGGCUCCCUGGGCUCCGACUCCCUGGGCUCCGGCUCCCUGGGCUCGGACUCCCUGGGCUCCGGCUCCCUGGGCUCGGGCUCUCUGGGCUCUGGCUCCCUGGGCUCCGGCUCCCUGGGCCUGGGCUCCCUGGGUUCCGGCUCCCUGGGCUCCGGCUCCCUGGGCUCCGGCUCCCUGGGCUCCCUGGGCUCCCUAGGCUCGGACUCCCUGGGCCUGGGCUCCCUGGGCUCCCUAGGCUCGGACUCCCUGGGCCUGGGCUCCCUGCGCACAGCCCCAAGGCCCUGA